AUGCCCCUCCUCGAAACCGCACCUAUGCAAUCAGAAAGAAUCGUCCCUGUAGCAUCGAAAGCUGCGGAUGGUGCUAUCGGAGACGAUGUUGCACACCUCUUGAAGACCGUAUUCGAAGCCCAAACCUCGCAGCAGGCACUAGAUGCGUCCUACGGCCUUACCAACCUACUUAUCAGCACUGGGAGCGUUCGAUGCCUCCACACAUUCAAUGUUGUCCCUGAAAUAAAGAAAGCGGCAACAGAUAAGAAAAAUGGUGCUAGGAGGGAGAGCUCUAUGCUAAUUCUUGGAGCUUUGUUUGAACAAUACCCUUUGAAGAACCCGUUGAGCGAGGUUGUCUUCCUGCUGGAGAAUGGCGGAUUGCUUUACCUUGCCUUGGAUCUCCUCGCAGAUAAAGGUGCAGUGGUUCGGGAAGCAGCUCAAUAUGCCAUUGAUGCUUUAUUUGCAUGUCUGAAGGAGGAAUCAUUAGUUCACGCUCUUGUUGAGCCCCUUGCUCAAUACCUCAGUAAGCCCACUGGGAAAUGGCAGGGAACAGUCGGUGCAUACAAGUUGCUGGAAAAAGUAGCAAAAAGAGCCGAGAUUGGCACGGAGAGCAAGGAGAAGGAGGAGCUUAAGGAUCUUCUACGACUUAAUCUAGGCCAAAAACUGAAGGACCUGAUCCCUAUUGUUGAGGGUGGGAUGCAUGACUUGAAGGCAGAAGUUGCUAAACAAGCUGUCAAGACUAUGACUGCCCUGUCGACUGUCCUUGACAAUGAUGACGUUGCCCCGCGAAUUCCACUACUUCUCAAAACCAUGGAGAAGCCCUCGACCGAAACACUUCAGAAAGCCAUCCAUGCGCUCUCUCAAACAACCUUUGUUGCCAUUGUGACAUCCCCAGUGCUUGCAUUACUUACUCCCCUCCUUGAACGAUCUCUCAAUACCCCAACUACCACUCAAGAAGUCCUCCGUCAAACUGUCGUGGUUGUUGAGAAUCUUACCCGACUUGUGCACGAUCCCGUCGAAGCAAGGACCUUCUUGCCCAAGUUGAAGCCUGGUGUUCAGCGUGUCAAGGAUGGUGCCUCUCUCCCUGAAGUUCGAGAAUUAGCUACUAGAGCUAUGAACGUUAUAAACAUGGCUAUGGGUGAUGAUGAAGCUGGCACUAUUGAUUCACGUGCAACGACAGAGCAAGUAGAGGCCGUUCUUGAGGAGCAUAUGAAACCAUACAUGAAAUUCAACCAUACCGAUGAGAAGCGUUUCUGGGAAACCAGCAGAAACUAUAUUGCCAACAUGGUCCGAGAUGAUGCCAAUUCACGACUGCUUGAACGUAUCCAAUUGUGUGUGGGCCCAUACCUCCAAUCCUUCGUUCCUGACGGAAAACAUGAUGAGAUUGCUGCGGCUGUGAAGGCUCAUUUCGUCGAAGAAGAUGAGCGCAGAUUUGGAGUCCCAGUAAAGGAAGAUGACGGGGAGAUCGAAAUUGUCAAUGCCAACUUCUCCCUUGGUUACGGAGGCCGACUUCUUCUCUCGCAUGCAAAUUUGAGACUACUCAAGGGCCAUAGGUACGGUCUUUGCGGCCGUAAUGGCGUUGGAAAAUCUACUCUCAUGCGCAGUAUCGCCAACGGCAAGCUCGAAGGCUUCCCACCUCAGGACGUCUUGAAAACGUGUUUUGUUGAACAUAAUCAAGGCGAGGAUGCCGAGUUGAGCGUCUUGGAGUUUGUCACAAAGGAUCCAGAGAUGGCUGCUGCCGGUGAAGAGAAGAUCUCCGCUGCCCUUAACGAGGUUGGGUUCACCCCUGGCCCAGAAGGGAGACAGCAACAACCUGUUGGCUCUCUAUCUGGUGGUUGGAAGAUGAAACUGGCACUUGCCAGAGCCAUGGUUAUGGGUGCUGACGUGCUCCUCCUUGACGAACCUACUAAUCAUUUGGACGUCCACAAUGUUAAAUGGUUGCAGGAAUACCUGAAGAAACAUACAGAAGUUACCAGCUUGAUUGUCAGUCACGACUCCGGUUUCUUAGAUGAGGUCUGCACGGACAUCUACCAUUAUGAGCAGAAAAAGCUUGUUCACUACAAGGGAAAUCUCGCAGACUUCGUCAAGGUCAAACCGGAAGCAAAGAGUUACUACACCCUAUCCUCUGCCAACGCACACUUCAAGUUCCCACCUCCUGGUAUUUUGUCUGGCGUCAAAUCCGCAACUCGCAUUAUCCUGCGCAUGACCAAUUGCUCCUACACUUACCCGGGUAGCAGCAAACCAUCAUUGGUCGAUGCAAGCUGUGCUCUUACUCUAUCCUCUCGGGUUGCUAUCAUUGGUGGUAACGGAGCAGGAAAGUCUACUUUGAUGAAGCUGCUUACGGGUGAAACAAUUCCACAGACCGGAAAAGUUGAGAAGCACCCCAAUCUUCGAAUUGGUUACAUCAAACAGCACGCAUUGGAACACGUGGAAAUGCAUAUGGAGAAGACUCCCAAUCAAUACCUCCAAUGGAGAUAUGCCAAUGGAGAUGACCGUGAAGUCCUUCUGAAACAAACCCGUAUACUCACCGAGGAGGACAAGAUCCAGAUGGCCAAGCCUGUUGACAUCGGUGACGGAAAGGGCCCUCGCAACAUCGAAGCUUUGAUGGGAAGGCAAAAGUACAAGAAGACCUUCCAAUAUGAAGUUAAAUGGAAGAACAUGCUCCCCAAGCACAACACUCAGAUAUCGCGUGAAACUCUUCUGGAACUUGGAUUCCAGAAGCUCGUCCAAGAAUUUGACGAUCAUGAAGCCUCUCGUGAAGGUCUUGGAUACCGGGUUCUCGAACCUAAGGUUAUCUCUAAGCACUUUGAAGAUAUCGGCCUGGACCCUGAGAUUGCCAACCACAACGAAAUUGGCGGUCUCUCUGGCGGACAGAAAGUCAAGGUCGUCCUGGCCGGAGCCAUGUGGAACAACCCUCAUUUGCUUGUCCUGGACGAGCCUACUAACUUCUUGGACCGUGACUUCUUGGGUGGCCUAGCUGUUGCUAUCCGUGAGUUCAAGGGUGGCGUCGUCAUGAUUUCUCACAACGAUGAAUUCGUUGGUGCCCUCUGCCCUGAAAGAUGGUACGUUGAAAACGGCCGGAUGACUCAUGCUGGCACCACUGCUGUUGCUCUUGAUCGCUUCGAAGACCAGUCUCGCAAUCCCAGCACUGUGGCCAGCAGUGUAGUAUCUAGUGCAGCACCUUCAGCCGUGAACUCUGGCGCCGAAGACGGAGGCGAGCUUAAGUUCAAGGCUAAGAAGAAGAAGAAAAUGACCAGAGCGCAACUCAAGGAGCGUGAAGUGCGCCGCAGGCUAAGACACAUCGAGUGGCUUAACAGCCCUGCCGGCACUCCUCACCCGCCCGAUACUGAUGACGAGCAGUAG